AUGUCUGCCAUUACGCGUUUUUUCUCCCACGUGAUGUCGAAACAAUCAUUUAAUGGACGUUUUCUAAGACAAAAUGGUUACGAACUUCUUGACGAUCCACCGCUUGGAGAAGGAUCAUAUGCUAAAGUCAGGACGGCUUAUUCCACAAAACUCAAGCUGCGUGUCGCAGUGAAAAUAGUGGACCGUAAAAAGGCCCCUGAGGACUUCCUAAAGAGAUUUCUACCUCGCGAACUGAGCAUUAUUCAGAUGUUUCAACAUCCUCAUAUAAUUCGCGUGUAUGAAGUUCUGGACGUAGAGGAUAAGGUGUUUGUAAUCAUGGACCUCGCCCCUGGUGGGGAUCUACUCAAUUACAUAAAGACACGAGGAUUCGUUAAAGAAAGUCUCGGCAAAAAGAUAUUCAAGCAGUUGUUACAAGCUGUAAAACAUUGCCACAAAAAUGGAGUGUUGCAUCGUGAUUUAAAAUGUGAAAACAUUCUUUUGGAUGAAGGAAACAACGUGAGAAUAACAGACUUUGGCUUUGCUAAAUAUUAUAACAAAUCUGAUCUUUGCAAGACAUUUUGUGGCUCAGCAGCGUACGCGGCGUAUGAGAUACUUAAAGGUAAUAUGUCUUUUUACAUUAGACUGCUUAAAUCAAAUGAACGGGUGAGUAAUGGGUAUUUUCCACCCGAAUACCUACAAGAAUCCGAGAAUCAACGGAAAUGCUUGUCCAUGCAUUUAUUACAUCUCUUGUUGAUUAUUGCAACAUUCUUUUGUAUAGGCUGCCCAACUAAUAGCUUAACAAAUUGUAGAGAGUUUUCAACGCCUCAUUCAGCCAGGCUAGUUUGUAAUGCGCCUUGGUUUUGCCACAUCUCACUCCUUCUUUGUGGUCUGCAUUGGCUUCCAGUUAAAGUCCGGAUACAAUUUAAGAUACUGCUUAUUACGUUCAAAGCAAUUCAAGGCCUUGCUCCUAAAUAUCUAUGCGAGUUACUAACAUUUAAAUCGUCCUUAUAUAACCUUACAUCUUCAGGUAGUAUUUUACUUUUUAUGCCAGCUUUUCGAUCGAAGACUACGUUAGGUGAUAAAGCUUUCAUGGCAGCAGCGCCAACGCUCUUGAACUCUCUUCCAAAAAAACUUCGAGCGAUUACUAAUGUGAACAGUUUUAAGGCACAUAUUAAGACUUAUCUUUUUAGAACUGUAUAUUGGUGAUCAAUUUUAUAUUCAUUUCUUACUUGCAUACAUAUAUAUUCUUUUUAUGUUUUAUUUUUAAAUGCAUUUUCUUUUAUUUGUUUCUUGAAAAGUAAUGCAGUUGUAAUGCGCAGCUGAUCAUUCUCAUGUUAAGCUGCGCACAAUAAGUUCAUAAAUUAUUAUUAUUAUUAUUAUUAUCAUUAUUAUUAUUAUUAUUAUUAUUACAAACGUAGCCUCCUAUUCGAAAAACUUUAUUGGACACAAAUGGAUAUAUAAAGGUCUGAUAACAAAUUAGUUUUAAAGUCUAAUUCCUUUUCAUUUAAUUCUGGUUAAAGGUAAAACGGAUCGAAUCGGAAUGAGUAGGCUGCUUGGCUUGAAAUGGCGGUUUGAGCAGAAAGAUUUCCGAAGAGCUUCUAUUGUUGCGAAUAUUUCCGAAGACUGUACGGACGUUUCCGAUAAUUUUCCGAAAAUAGUGGACAGCAUAUCUUUUAUUUGCGAAGAAGUUUUGAAGAUAUUUCGAUACGGUACACUUAAAGGGUAGAAAAGUGAUGACGUCACAAAAACUAAAUUUAAGAAAAUAUUGAUCUGGGUGGGCUAACCAGAAAGACCAAGUUGAAAAACGUCCAUUUGCCAAAAAUCAGGAUGCUGUCAUAGUGCCAAUUAGUGGUGAAAUAUAACCAAUGUUAUGUUCGGAUGACUCCGUACAAAUCCUUCUGAAAUAGAUUUGAUCAAGUUAGUGCGGUUAAUCAGUGUAUUUGUGUUCGUACCCGCGCAGAGAACAGUGAUAAGGAAAUGCAUUAGAAAAAGAGAAUAUACUGCUACCCUGUUGCAGCACGAGAGCAUUAACCACUAAAACACUACCUGUCUAUUCAUCUAUCUAAACAAGCCGUUUGCGUGCCAUUUUUUUAUGCUUUCAUUUUUCUGUGACAAUAAUUGAGCAAAUUUGGACUGUGCUCUCCGGGAUGCCGGGGAGGUAAAAUUGGCUGUAAACGCAGGUUAAUUUUCACACCAAUGGAGUGGGUUACCUUACCUAUCUGGGAUACCCUACCUUCAUGUAAACAGGCCCUAAGAGGGAGUAGAGUACGUUCUAUGAUGCAUAAAUCAGCACGAAAUUGAAGAGCCAACAAUCAUAAUGCCAAAGUAAUUCGUGCUCAAGAUGUACGCUUUUAAUAAUGGCUGGAACGCAUUUCCUCCUUCAUCGCACCCUACACAAUUCCGAAGAGGGUCCUAGACCCAGCCUAUACGGGAAUGCUCAGCCCGUCAGGGGUACCUUUUUCAAGCUUAGGUAUAUGAAAGUGUUGAAAUUUCACUAGUUUAUGUACGAAAAAUGUAGGUUGUUAGGUUGGUCUGUAAGUUGUAAAAAGACCCCCAAAAAGCUAACAUAAUAUAUACAUUUUAUGGCUGUGUGAAAAUUCUGGUUUGUGAUUUAUGCGUUUACAGCAGUUAAAAGGGAUGCAUAUGUCUAAACUAGGUAUGUGAAAAGGGUACUAUUUGUGAAUAAAAGGUGUGCGAAAAGGGAUACCUUUCUUGUCAUAAAUCGUAUGUAAAAGUGUAAAAUGUCGGACCUCAGAGCGGAGCCUCCCUGUAUAAACUUUGUUGUGUAACCCCCCACGUCGGGAAUAGGCGGGAUCCGAGGGGGAUUGAGUGGUACCCUUUUUUCCGUAGACCAAAUUUAAAUUCAAAUAUACUGAAAAUGUAUAGUUCUGUUUUCCCCUUUCCUCACUUUUAUCUGUUGCGUCUUUUUGCAAACAAUUUCUGCAAUUAAAACCAAGUUGACAGAUUUGUUGCGCGCUUUUAAAUAUCCAUCCUUUCUUCUCUCGUUUCUAACGCACUGCAGACUGAAUGAUUCAACUAACAACUUUUGCGAUGUAGGCUUUCUGAUAGUGCGAAAAUAUCAUACAUGCAACUUUUUUCUUGACCAAGAAACCUGUGUCUAAAAAACAUGCGUCUGAAACUCGCCCCCACUCCUUAACCCUUGGUAAUUACUAGUAUCUUAUUUUCAUUUUCAAAGGAAUACCUUACGAUGGUGAAAAAGCAGAUGUGUGGAGUAUGGGCGUUGUCCUUUAUACUAUGGUCACAGGCCGGAUGCCUUUUGAUGAUUCUGACACGAAAGUCUUACUACAGCACAUCAAAAGAGGGGUUACCUUCCAGAAAUCAAAACAACAAAUUUCAGAAGACUGCAAAGAUCUUAUACGUAGCAUGUUGGUAUUAGAUUUUCGGGCAAGAAUAACUAUUGAAGAUAUAGAGUGUCAUAGCUGGUUAACUGGCAAGCUAAGGAACUCAAACGAAUCGCCUGAUCGAAAUUGCUGUUCUACAUCGACUUGCGGGAAUACAAGUUAG